AAACAUGCUUCAUUGUUUCUGCAAUUUCUAUUGAGUUGCUAGCGGAUACUUCUUGUACUUUUUAACACCAUGAUAUCUGUGCAAAUAUUUCUGUUGAUCGUCGUUGCUGUCGUAAAUGCAGAUGUGUGUGGAGUGCAAAAAACAACCUGUUGCUGUGAAUCACAAGACAUAAAUCCAGAUGAAUUUGUGGCUUUUACGGCAAUAUCAUCGAAUGGAAAUGCAUUGACAAAUAACCCAAUAAAGUAUGACAAUAUUGUGACAAAUGUUGGUAAAGCAUACAGUUCUACUACCGGUAUAUUCCAUGCUCCAAUAACCGGUAUUUAUUGCAUCUCGUUCAGCUUAAUGGGACACCAUAACAACGCUAUUCACGCAAACCUUUAUCAUAAUGGCAAGCAGGUAGUCAGGCUUUACACAGCAGGUGAUAGUAGGCACGAAGUAGCAUCUCAGACAGUUUACCUCAAGCUCGUAAAAAGAGACGAAGUAUGGGUACAGGGAACUGCCGGAAUGAAGUUAUGGGCAACGGAGCGGUACAACCAGUUCUCUGGAGCAUUGGUGAGAAGUGGUGACUUCACGAACUAAAACGCAUGUAUAUGCGAAAUGUCCGACAUAAAUAAUCAUGAAAUUCUGUCCUGGGGAACAAUGUGUCAUAGGACAAUAUUUUGAUUUACACAUCAUUCUGAUGAUUAUUUGAGCUCACUUAUACAUAUAUAUAUAUAUGGGAUGGAUAAUCCCUUUUUUCAUGAUUUAGAACGAGCGUUAGCAAGUUCAAAAUCUAAGUUACAACUAAAUUAAUAUUUUAUGUCAUGCAGCUAUAUAUAUUUCCAUCAAAUAGUACGCAAUUAACUAAAAUUCAAAUGUUCAAAUAAAAAGCAUUUAAUGUGAGGUUAAAAAGUUAGUUUAACUUCCAGUUUAACUGUAUCAGAAUAUCGGUAUUAGUAAUUACCAUUCUUACCAAAUGCGGAUCCAGUAAUGCGAGUUUUGGUAAGAGUACAAGCUAAUGAAAUAGACUAUAAUUAAGUUUAAAAAGUCUCUUUUUUGCAUUUCUUUGAUAUCGUUUAUUUUUAUUGUAGUUUUAAAGUUAUAUAUACAUAUUCACAUAAUAACAUCAAUGCUCCUAAUUUUACUGCACCAGUAUACGUCAACCUUAUUUAGAUUUUUUUUUUCGUUUCAAAUUUAAUUCUUAGUCAGUUUCCAUCAUUAUUCCAAGCUGAUUAUUGCGCAUCGGAGCAGUUGUAACACAUUUAUAGAAAUUCGUUGUUUUGAAUUGUAAGUACAUAUAAUAUAUAGUCUUAACCUAAAUGAUAAUGCCUUACUAAGAACAUUAUUUACUCCCACCUGCGAUGCGAUAUAGUCUUUUGUGCAGAUACGGCGUAAAGCAUCAUUAAUCGACCAAUACAUUCAUUCUUUACGAAUGUGAAACAUCAAAUCCUUCAAUUUCAUUGGUCGAGAUCACUUUGCUAUAUUCUAACUAUAAGGCUGAGUAUAACGCUCGUACUUUAUCACGAAGAAAGGGAUAAUCAUAUUGUUACAAACUUAGAAUAUUGUAAAAUGGUCAAUGCUCAAAUGACUUCUUGGUUGGUUUUAAUAAAGAAAUUCCUUUAUAGUGAUUUCAGUUAUCCUUUCAUUUAUGGAUUAGUCUUAGUAUUGUGAGGAAUGUCUUACAAUUUGAGAAAUGAUAAAAAGUAGGUACAGUAAUUUGCGGAACAUUUCCGUAACAAAUUUGACAUCUGAAUCUAGUUCAUUCAAAGUUUUACUACAAAUGUGUAAUACAUUUCAUAUUCUAAUAUUAAACACUCUUGUUUUCUCUGUUCCUUAUACAGAAAUAACGUUUUUAUUCAUUUUUGUUUCAGGCUCUUUGUUUUUUGAAUAUGUAGAAUAUCUAUAGGUAAAUAAAGAUAUUAAUCAAAUUUAUUUGAAAAGUUACAUUUUCACAACGCAACAUAAUUGUCUCCCUUUGAACAUUGUGGGCUACUCUAUCGCAUGCUGAUUAAAAUAGAUUUCGUAUUGCUA